UGUCCAUCAUCAUCCCUCAGAGAUUUCCCGAUUCUAAUUCAAAUCGGUUUGCUCGUUCCGUUCGUCCGGUCGUCUACAGUAGAACGGUAUCUUCCCUCCCGGGUUCGGAAAAAUUUCGGUCAUAAACGGGUCGGAUUCUUAUUUUUCUGCCGAAUUUUCCUUGCACUUCCGCAAGCGACUUGCGUUUUUUUCGGUCAGCUGGUGAAAGAUUUUGUGUUAUUGAAAAAAAAAAUCAUUAUUAAGGUUGCAGUUUAUCGAGGUUUCUGCUUCGUGGUGUGAGGCAACCUGCUGAUGACAAAAAAACUAAGACGAAUCACCGGAUCCGACAACCUAGUGAGUGAGUGAUUCAACAAAACCGGUACUGAUUUAAGUGAAAAUCAAACAGCAAACGGGCUGCAAAAUGUAGCUGUGCAAAAUUGAAAGUAAAUUGUGUUUAAAGACGAAAAAACAAAACGGGAAUAACGAAAAACGGUUGAACUUUUUUUUUGAAACUCAGUGAAUCGGCGUAACGGGAAGAGAAUGUCUCACCCAAGCCACUUCCAGCCGUGGAAGCAAAACCGGCCUCCUCUAGUCCUGCCGCUCCAACAGCAACAACAACAACAACAGGGCAGCUAUGGAAAAUUACCGGCCAUGGCACACCAGCAACAGCUGCCGGAAGGUCACCUUCAUCUCCAUCAACAGCAGCAGCAACAGUUUCUGUUGGGUGGUGGUAAUCCCCAACAGCAGCAGCAAACCACCUUGGUGCAUCUUCCGCCACCCACACCUCAACCGGCUCCGGUCAUCCAGUCGGCCGCGGUCGCUUCCAGCAGCUCUAACGCGAGCAACGCCAUCUCUUCGUCGACGGCGGCCGGAACCGGUCCCGGUGCAACCAGUCCUGGGGCCAUGAGUGAUUUUCUCUCCCAACUUGGGGCCAACAAGCUGAUGCUCGGGAAGCUGAGCGCCAGCUAUGGACUGUUGGCGAUGGAUCAAAAUUCGCAGCAGCAGCAGGGCCAAAUUGUGACCGGGCAGCAGCAACAGUUGCAUCAGCCUGCAUCGGGGCUGCCCGGGCCCCUGGACGAUUGUGCCAAUGAUAAGGAACGGGAGCUUCGCAUUCAGCAGAUUUUCGAGAACGCUAUCAG